UCUUAAUAUUGCCUUAUUCUUUCUCCCCUUGUUGCCUCAAAUUUUUUGUAUCGCAUUCUCCCUUUUUUGGUCAUCAUCAAACUUUUGAAUGGAGUUCUUUCAAAAGGCCAAAGUGGUGCGCUUGAGAAGCCACCAUGAUAAAUACAUGUUGGCUGAUGAUGAUCAAGAAAAUGUUUUCCAAGAUCGCAAUGGGUGCUACAGGAAUGCUAAAUGGACCGUGGAGAUUGUGGAGAAUUCCAAUAUUAUAAGGUUAAAGAGUUGUUAUGGGAAAUACUUAACAGCCUCAAAUAUGCCAUUCAUAUUGAGAGGUAUAGGAAAAAAAGUGUUGCAAACAUUGCCUACUAGGUUAAAUUCUUCGGUGGAAUGGGAACCUAUUAGAGAAGGGGUUCAAGUGAGGCUAAGGACACGUUAUGGUCAAUAUUUGCGUGGUAAUGGAGGGUUGCCACCUUGGAGGAACACCAUUACCCAUGAUGUCCCACAUAGAACAGCAACAACUAAUUGGAUUUUAUGGGAUGUGGAUAUUGUAGAACUUCGCCCACAAACACAAGCUCCUAAACCAAGACCAAGGCCUAUACCUAUUACCCCACCCAAUCAAUCUAUGAAUCCAACUCCAACAAAUCUUUCACCUUGUUCUUCUCCUUCAUCAUCACCAUUAAUUUCAAAGAUGGAUUCCCUGGUCAAGAUUGAUCUCAGGUCUCCCACAACAUCUGAGUCCGAAGAUUCAAUAGAAUGUUUGUCACCAUUGAAAGAAGGGAGAAUUAUAUUUUAUGAUGUGGGUAACGAAAAUGGUGAUGUUGAUGAUGCAAAUAAAGAGUCAUUCUUUACCUUUAAAGGAAGUUGUGUGAGUGAGUUAAAGGAUAAAUUGAAAGAGGAAACAGGACUUGAUGAUAUUAUUGUGUGUUGCCGCAAUCCAUUGACCGCAAAACUUUAUCCACUUCGCUUACAACUACCUCCUAAUAACAUUGACAUGCAUGUAGUUGUGGUUCCUUCUUCAUUCGAAGGAGGUCACAAUUUGUUUAACAGUUGAAUGCUCGAGUAGUUAUGCAUAUGCAUAUUUGCUGAAUUGAACCUACAAGUGCGAGUAAGACUAGUCAAUCAUUCAAACCAUGAGGCAAUAAGAGCAACCAAGAGGAAGUAAAAUUUUCAAUUCAUUUUUUAAGUGGUUGCUAGACUUUUGUCUAUUUGAGAUAUAAUGCAAACUGAUGGUGUAUUUUUCUCUAUAAUUCUUCAUUAGAAAUUUUAUGGCCACUUCUUGAAAUGAAGUUGAGAUUUUCUAGAGAUAGACUUCUCACAUUGGAUUUAUAUCCCCAUUAUGCAAAAGGUGUUAGCCUAAAAGGUUCAUAGACACAAUUGGCAAAAUGGGAAAAAAAUAUAUGUUGUACUUGAAAUAUUCUAUAAAUAUAAUCCUUAAGACAUAAA